AUGUCGUCCAAUACUAAUCUUGAUAUAUGGUUUGCUGGUGCUUUUGCUGCAUUCACGGUUGAUCUGCUCGUUUAUCCUCUAGACACCCUCAAGACACGGCUUCAGUCGCAGGACUAUGAAAAGCUGUACAGAAACUCCAAUGGCACAUUAAACCGGUCUUUGUUCCGUGGAUUGUACCAAGGCGUUGGCUCCAUCAUCCUCAUCACGAUCCCUUCCUCGGGCGCAUUCUUCACCACUUAUGAAGCCUUGAAGUACGGUCUUAAGGACUUGGUACCACCGAACUCUACGAUAUACCUCCCUCAACCUGCCAUUCAUGCUGUUGCAAGUGGCACCGCCGAGCUGGUUAGCUGCGCCAUCUUGACACCCGCGGAAGUUUUGAAGCAAAAUGCGCAAAUGCUAAGUGCUGGCACACGCCGGUCUACGUCUCUUGAGGUUCUCAGACACUUCAGGAAGCACCCGGCGAGGCUUUGGAGGGGUUAUACUGCGUUGGCUGCGAGGAACUUGCCGUUCACUGCACUGCAGUUUCCUGCAUUCGAGUCGUUGAAGGGCUAUUUCAUGAAAAGACGGCAGCUGAAAAAGGGUGGUCAAGCGGUCGAUGGAAUAUUUGAACGCGCACGUAUCACCGCCCUGAGCGCUGGUAUUGCCGGUAGUGGUGCUGCAUGGAUCACCACGCCUGUUGAUGUCGUCAAAACGAGGAUCAUGCUCGCUGCUGGGUCUGGGGACGAUGGGCCGAAAAAGGACCUCAAGGCCAAGUCUUCAAAUUGGCUUUUGAACGGCGUACGAGGCACAGGCAAGAGUGGAUUCGAUGUGGCCCGAGAAAUCCUCAAAGCUGAAGGAGUACGGGGUCUGUUCCGGGGUGCUCUGCUGCGUGCAUGUUGGACUUCCAUCGGUAGUGGUCUCUAUCUGGGAUGUUACGAAGGUGGUCGAUUCUAUCUCGAAGAUGCAAGACAAGAGACCAAUGAGCGGGACACGUCCUUACAGAAUGACUGGUCAAAGGUCAAGGUUGGUAUUGGGGGCAGCAGGUCCCAAGACGUCGUCAAGAAGAGUGCAUGGCAGGAUGACUGA